AGGGACCGGGAAACUUCUCCCUAUUGCCGUCGUGAGGGGGAUAAACCAGUGCCUGCGGUCUGCUGAGCAGUUGUUUCAUUAUGGUGGUGGCGUUUAAACUUGAGAGGGGGCUUUGAGCAGCGUUGUCGAGGCUGAGGGACUGCUACCUGAGGGGAUUGGUUUGGUUUCUAUCCCCCCUCCUUAAAUUCGUUGGGGUCUGCUUGUUUAGAAUGAGUGGAAGGGAAGCAGAGUUGUGUUCAGUGUUGUGUGCUAUGGUAAAAAUCUUCUCUGUUUCGAGAAGUUUAGGGCCUAAACUUCCCGAAGGAUUUGAUUAUAUCGGGGUCUGUGACUCACAUUCAGCAAAGUGCUGGAGGUGCCUUUUGAUUGAACUAGUUGUAGUUGUAAGUGAAUUUAAAUGCCUUAUCAAGAUUCAGCUGAAGAGUAGAGUAUUGAAAAACUUCAGCUGGUUGAAAAUAGGGUUACUACGUUUGGGUUUGAGGGAGAUAAGCUCUGGAGCUUCUUUGUCUUUUGCCUAAAAAAGGAUAAAAGUUUCAAACCUCCAGUUAGCAUGGAGGUAGAACCACGCAUGUAAGUGUAAAUACUUGAGUACUGAAAGAUGAAAACGUGCAUGCAAACCAAGCAAAUCUAAUAGUCUUGAUUGGAACUUUACUUGAUUUAAAGUAACUUAAGUUAAACUUGCUAAGAGGAUCUUUAAAGUUUCACAGUUAAUUGUCCUGAGAGGUCAGUUUUGGGACAUGGUCAUGACGCAGGUGUUUGUUUUAGUGGACACUGGUACAUAGUUGUAAGUUAUAAGAUGGUUUCUGUGGUAAAAUAAGCAAGAUGCUUUUGUGUUCUUGUUUUUAGAAUGGCCCAUAAGAUGAUGGAUUGUGUGACUUCCUUCAAAUAUUUGUUAUUCGGGACAGAGUGUUUAAUCUCUGAGAAGUCAGCUGUUUCUUUCCACAGUAUCAUCUUAUUUCAUAAGUCUCUCUCUAAAGGUUAAAAUAAAAGGUCUGAUGGUUGGGCACCUCAGUUGCCAGUUGAAUUUGGUGGGUUAUUCCUAAUAUGUCAAGUGGCAGCUAACAGAGAAGCCAGUAGCAAUGCCCUGAGGUGUUUGGUGCCUUGGGUUUGUGCUGUGGUGUACAUCUGCUUCUGAGGCUGCUUUUGUGUAGCUACUUUUGAUAGUAAUUCUUUCUUAACUUGUGAAGAAAUAUGCCCACUUACUUGUAGGCCUUUGGAUGAGGUGUGUCUGAGCAAACAAGAAAGAGGCUUAAGUCACUCUUGGCAUUUUUAUGUCUUUAAUGAGGGAACAGUGUCUGCAAUCUGCUAUUACAGUCACUUGCCCUGAAGGUCAAGAGGUCUUUCACAUGCCAUUAAAAUUGUGGCAUAUGAACUUGCCAAAAAGAACAGGAAAAGAGAUGUUUCAAACCUUAGAGCAGAGACUUCUGCUUCGAAAAAAAGGCCGCAUCCCAGCUUCUUGAAAUUUUUGUUUCAUAGCUGUCUGCAAGCAGCCUGGUGCUUUCCAGUGUUGACUAAUUCUUGGCUCUUUGAGGUAGGUGGCUGUUUUCCCCAUCUGUUAAAAAUAAAUGGGAGAGGGCAACCUGAGAUACCAAGGUGGAUCUCUUGAAACAAGUGGGCAGCAGAUAACAGAGCCAAGAAGAGAAAGCUGACCUCUGGACUUCCAUCCUAGUUUUUUGACACAAGUGUUAGAAGUCGGAAGUGUGACAAAAGUGAUUUUCCUCACAUACACACAUGCUGGAUUGAGUCUCUUGGCCUCAGUUUUUUCUCGCCUCCAGUUUUUUCUGUAGGUACGGUAAAGAAGAAAAACAUAAGUCUUGUUUACUGUUCUUCGCUGGAUCUGCAGGUACUGUAGGAACUAGAACUUGAAAUGGCAGUAGUAGCAUGCAAAAGCUGGUAAGGCUGUUCCCAACAACUGCUAAGUUGUUGGUAAAUACAUUUUCUUGGAGAGACUCACCCUUUGCAUCGGAAGCUGCUGUCUUAGUGCUCUGGAUUUACAGUGCGAAUAUGUAACUUUAGCUCUCUGCUUCUCCUAACCAGGAGCAAUACCGAUCAAACCAGGAUAUUCCCCUUGCUCAACAAAAGUUUACAGAUGGUGUGUGUGGAUGCUCAAGAAUCCCGUUAAGGGGAACUGUAAGCACAAAGCUCAAGAAUCACUUUUCUUUGUGGUUCUGUUUGGGUACCUCAAUAUUUAACUACAAUGACAGCUGUCUAGCAGAGUGUACAGAUGCUGAAGUUACUGGAUGGAGAAAAACCUAUGGAAGGAAGCUUCCAGUAGCUUCUGCACCAAGUCUGAAAAGAAACCCGAUAACUAAGUUGUUCCAGUCUUCACAAUGCAUCUCUUUCUCUUCCCCAAUCUAGAGAGAGGAGGCAGAGGAAAGAGGAAACACUGUCCUCAAGAGGAGUCUUACCCCUCUUCAUCACCAAUAUGGUUUGUAGAAUCAGAUGACCCAAACCUGACUUCAGUCUUAGAGCGUUUAGAAGAUAUUAAGAAGAGCAAUACUCUGCUUCUUCAGCAGCUGAAGCGAUUAAUAUGUGACCUCUGCAGACUCUAUAAUCUUCCUCAGCAUCCAGAUGUUGAGAUGUUAGAUCAGCCGUUACCAGCUGGACAGAAUGGAACAACAGAAGAAGUUACAUCAGAGGAGGAGGAGGAAGAAGACAUGGGUGAAGACAUUGAAGAUCUGGAUCAUUACGAUAUGAAGGAGGAGGAACCAGUUGAUGGGAAGAAAUCUGAGGAUGAAGGCAUUGAAAAAGAGAACCUUGCAAUCUUAGAAAAAAUCAGAAAAAAUCAAAGGCAAGAUCACUUAAAUGGUGCAGUCUCUGGGUCAGUUCAGGCUUCAGAUCGACUUAUGAAAGAACUCAGGGAUAUAUAUAGAUCACAGAGUUAUAAAACAGGGAUAUAUUCAGUGGAACUGGUAAAUGACAGCUUGUAUGAAUGGCACGUUAAGCUUCUAAAGGUUGAUCCUGAUAGCCCACUGCACAGUGAUCUUCAGGUCUUGAAAGAAAAAGAAGGUGUAGAAUACAUUUUACUCAACUUCUCUUUUAAGGAUAACUUCCCUUUUGAUCCUCCCUUUGUGCGAGUGGUAUCUCCAGUGCUCACAGGAGGGUAUGUCCUAGGAGGGGGUGCAUUAUGCAUGGAACUUCUUACUAAACAGGGCUGGAGCAGUGCCUAUUCAAUAGAAUCAGUCAUCAUGCAGAUCAAUGCCACUUUAGUCAAAGGAAAAGCCAGAGUACAGUUUGGAGCCAAUAAGAAUCAAUAUAAUCUAGCAAGAGCACAGCAGUCCUAUAAGUCACUAGUACAAAUACAUGAGAAAAAUGGCUGGUACACUCCUCCAAAAGAAGAUGGCUAACAUUGAGGACUGUUGUAUACAUGGACCAAUGUCAACAAAACAAGCUCUUUUUUAUGUUUUCCAACACACAGACUCAAGCUACGAGUGCCCCUAUAACAGCUGUACUGAAGACUUUAGCUAUUAGAUAAGUUAGUGGAUAAUCUGUCAACUGACACGUAAAGUAUAAGUUACAGCCUUACCAUUCCGCUCUUCUUAGGUAUCUGGACUGAGCAGUUUGGGCCUUUAUGGUAUUUGUUCUUAUGGAUUAAGCAUAUUUGGGCCAUGCCCUCCUUUCUCCCUUUUUUAUUUGAAAGCAUAAGCUCCCUACAGCAGGCUACCGAGUUACUAAAGAUCAUUCAAUAGGAGUGAGUUGUUCAACACACUUUUGUGUAUUUCUUACCUUUUGCAAAAUGCAGACUGCAGAGAGAGACUUGCAUUGUAUCGUUUCAUUUAAAGCCAAGAAGUUUAAUACCUUUGUUUAAUACUGUUCUAGGAGAUGUCAGGUCUUGCAAAUCACAGUAGUGGUUUUUUUUUUUUUUUUUCUGGUCUAAAAUGACAGCAUUUGUAGUAUUUCCAAAUUAAUGAUAUAGGAAGAACACAUGUAUGUUAAGUCAUUAAACAUUUUUCAUGGCUGUAUGAGAAUAUGAACUGUUUUUUGGAAGAGAUGCUCUUUGUUUAGGUUAUGUUAAAUUUUUUUGUUCUUGGUUUUUGUUUGGUUUAUUUUAUUUUAUUUUUUUUUUUUUAAGCAGAGCAAGGCUGUGCCAAUAAAACCUUGUAACUAGUCACUUCCACUGGGGCAUCAGAACUUGCUGGGCUGUUCCUGCAACUUGUUGGCUCAAGCUCCUUAACAAGAAGAGCCGCAGUAUGAAGCUUGAAGUUAUUUAAAAUACUAAAAAAACAAAAAAACCUUUUUAGGUGUUCCAUUUUAUUAACGGGUUGUUGCAAUCAUUUGUAAACUAAUGAACUUAUAAAGUGAUUGGCACAAAUCGAGAUGAAAGUCCUUGGAUGAAAAUUUUUAUAUAAAAGCUACAAUAAAGUACAAAAACAUGUCAUCGGAUUCAGAGGUUUAAGAAAUGUUGCCAUAGUCAUGACAGUGGUUUUGUUAUUGAGAGGCGAAUGGGAACUGUUGGUUCUUUAUUAGGAAAUGAAUCUGGGUCUGUGUAAUUACACCAUAUUUCAUUGCCUUAACUAAAUCGAUUCUAUUUUGGUUGUAGUACUAGUCCUUAGGCCCUUGCUCCCCUGCGGGGCUGUACCAUGAGUUAAGCACUCUUUUGAAGCGCAGACGCAUGUUUUUGUUCUGUUUUCAGUUGACUAUCACUCCUGUGCUCUCUCCUCUGUCAGGCACCCGCGGGUCCUUGUGCGUUUGCUCUUACAUCCAGUUUUUAGCUCGAACGAAAGGAUGGGAGAGGUUCGGCCGCGCGGCUCCCGCGGUGCGCUGGGUGUACCCGCACACACCCGCGGUGCGGGCGGGCAGAACCGGCGCCGGGGCGCGCCGCGGUGCCCGCCCCGCGGGUGCGGGUUCCGUUUCUCCCGGCGGAGCGCCCUGGCAAUGUACAGUAAUUUGUAAACUUGCAUCAAGUUUAUGAAUAAAAACCAUUUUACGAAG